UCCAUGCUUUAACUUGUUUGAACGUCGUUCCUUGGGUUUAAUGAAUAUGGAAUAAUAAUUAAAUAUUUUCCUAUUUGUCUUAAUAAAUAUUUUAAUGUAGUUAGAACUUUUACGUUUCGUUUGCAACAUGACUUCGGCAGACGUGUAUAAUGAUAUGAUAAUCUAUAUUACUCCAGAAAAGUUUUACAUAGAACCGAAAGGUAGCGAUGAACUGUUGUUAAUAGACAGAGCCUCUGAAGUGCCAACCGUGCAACGAAAUUCUGGUCAAAUUCCCGCCGCUAACAGCCGGAAAGAUUUUUGUGGCUUGCUAGGUUCCAUAAGUUUACUUUCAGGGAGAUACCUGAUUAUUGCAACCCAAAGGGAUUUACUGGGUUAUAUUGCUGGUCAUUCAAUAUGGAAACUAGUGAAAGUAGAGUUGUUGCCUUACUCUCGAAGCUUGUUGCAUUUAAGUGCAGAGAAAAUGUCCGAUAAUAAUAUUUAUUUGAGUAUGGUAGAAAAUGUUUUUAGCACACCUAGUUUUUAUUUUAGUUACAGUUACGAUUUAACACAUUCUAUUCAAAGAUUACAUGAUAUUAGUCCAGAAUUUUGGCAGCUUUCUUUGUUAGAGAGAGCAGAUAAUAGGUUUGUGUGGAAUGGAUAUUUACUGGAACAGUUUCGUGCCUCAUUGUUUAAAAAAUUUUCUCUUCCGAUAAUACAUGGUUUUGUUUCUAUUAAUAAUUGUGUGAUAAAUGGGCAAAGUUUCACGUGGGCUAUUGUUUCAAGACGAAGUAUUCAUAGAGCUGGAACUAGGUGGUUUAAAAGAGGGGUAGAUCUGGAUGGUAAUGUUGCAAAUUUUGUGGAAACUGAACAAAUUGUAGAAACUAUAGAUGGAGACCGGGCUAGUUUUGUUCAGAUUAGAGGUUCUAUACCGUUGUUUUGGUACCAGAAGCCAGACUUGCGUUACAAACCCCCUAUAACACUAGAUCCCACUGUUGAUCCCCAAGAUCAACAAAGUGCAUGUUUACGUCAUAUAGAGUCUUUAGCUGAAAUUUAUGGAAGGCAGGUUGUUAUGGAUCUCGUUGAUCAAGUAGGCUCGGAAGGCAGACUUGAGAGGGCAUUUAAAGAUCUACUUGGUGCUUUGUCCCAUCCUUCUGUAAGAUAUGAACCUUUUGACUUUCAUGCGGAAUGCCGAAAAAUGCAGUGGCAUAGACUCUCCAUUCUUAUAGACCGAGUAGCCUUAGAUCAGGAUGAGAUGGGCUUUUUUUUAAGAUUUAGGGAUGGCACCUUAUCCUCCUUGCAAGAAGGCGUGUUUAGAACAAAUUGUAUUGACUGUCUGGAUCGAACAAAUGUGGUUCAAAGUAUGUUAGCUCAUCGAAACUUGGAAAUUGUACUUAAAAAGUUCGGUAUACUUAGUUUUGAAGAAAAAUUGGAACAUCACCAUUCCUUUGAAAGUCUUUUCAAAUAUAUAUGGGCUGACCAUGCGGACCUUAUUAGUACUCAGUACUCUGGAACAGGAGCUCUUAAGACAGAUUUUACGAGAACUGGGAAGCGCACUAAACUUGGUGUUCUUCAGGACGGUAUCAAUUCCCUUAUACGUUACUAUAAGAAUAAUUUUAAUGACGGUUACCGACAGGAUUCCAUAGAUUUGUUCUUGGGCAAUGCCAAAGUCAUAUCACCUUUGUCGCCACCACCUGGGUGGCGAUAUAUUACAUUCCCAUCAGUUUUGCUAUUUGCAAUGGCCAUGUUUGUUGCUUCGGUAGUAUUCCCUUCGGAGUAUUCAACAGAAUGCCUAUUAUAUUUGAUGUUUUGGGGCGGAAUGAUGGUAGCAACCGCUUAUUAUAUUUUCCAGUAUGGUGUUGAGUUUGUUGACAAGCCAAAGCUUACAUAACGUAAACUAAACAUAAUUUGGAAAUAAUAAUUUGUCAAAAUUUAUUUUUGUAAUUUUGUGGCUUGUAAAUUUUAGUCAAUUUUAUUUUAUCAUCGAUUUCUAAUGGAACUUAUAAUUGUUGUGGAUUUAUCAAACUGUGCAGUUUUUACGUGUAAAUAAAGUCUAAUUGAUUGAGAGGGAACUAUGUUCUGGUUUAUUAAAUUGUUUUUAUAUUUUAAUGGUUUAUGUGAAUUGCGAAAUAAGCCUGAAUAUUUAAAUCACUGGAGAAAUAUGUAAAUCAGGAAAUGCUCGUAUGACCUGCUGUACUGGUGCAAGAGUGGUGUGCUAAAUGUGGAACAAGGCAGGCAAAAGUUUUCGUUAAAUAAAGAUAGAACUAUGACGGUUGUUGUUAUUCCUUGCUUA